AUGCGCAACUUGAAAAACGUGCGCCUCGCGGAGGUGCAGCUUCAGGAUGGACUUCCCUUAACAGCAACAGCUUGGGAUACCACUUCCGAUGCCGUUAUUUGCACAUUUGGGCCAAAUCCCACAAAUGCAGUCAUCGAGGUCCGGAGGAAGCGCCAUGAUGCUCAAUUUUCGGAUCCCGUGAGCCCCGAAGUCUUUGAAACCAUCGCAUCUUGGGAUGCACCAUGUCCGCUGCCACAUCUUGAUUGUGAUCGUGUGCUCUCUUUGCAUUACUUCGCGGAUACGCUCACGGCCUGUCUUGUCCUGGAAGGUGGUGAUAUCGUCAUCGUCCGUGAAGAACCCCUCCCCGGCGAGGACAAGAUCGAGAUUGUCGGCUCGGUCGAUGUUGGCAUCACAGCUGCUGCGUGGUCUCCAGAUGAGGAACUUUUGGCUCUUACUACUUCGGCCAAUACAUUCCUGUAUAUGACCAGAGAGUUUGAAAAUGUUGCCGAGAUUACUUUUACUCCCGAGGACCUGAAGGCCUCGCAACAUGUUUCCGUGGGUUGGGGAAAACGUGAGACGCAAUUUCAGGGAAAGAGAGCCAGAGCUCUACGAGAUCCCACGGUCCCAGAGAAAGUCGACGAGGGAAAACUCAGUGGCAAUGACGACAGCAGGACCACGAUCAGCUGGCGAGGAGACGGCGCUUACGUCGCCGUGAAUAGCGUCGUCGAAGGCAUUCGCCGUGCUAUUAGGGUCUAUUCUCGCGAGGGGACCUUGGAUAGUGUGAGUGAGCCUGUGGAUGGUCUAGAAGGGGCUCUCAGCUGGAGACCUUAUGGCAAUCUCAUCGCUGGCAUUCAAAGGCUCGAUGACCGGAUUGAUGUUGUCUUCUUUGAACGAAACGGCUUGCGACAUGGCCAAUUUACUCUUCGUUUGACUGAGGAAGAACGAUCUACAUGGGCAUCCGAUAUUUAUCUAAGCUGGAAUAUUGAUUCGACAGUACUUGCGGUGCAGUUCAAGGAUAGAAUCCAAUUCUGGACCUCGGGAAACUACUAUUACUACCUAAAGCAAGAAAUCCCCAUUAUUGGGAACUCCGAGAACCAGUUUUCCUACAAAUGGCACCACGAGAAAGCCUUACGCUUCGUAGUAGGAGCCUCUGGGUCGAUAUUAGAUGCAGAGUUUGUCUUUGAAGUGUUCCACGGCUCAACCACUUCGCCUAAUGAUGUCGGGGCUGUUGCUGUUCUUGAUGGGCGCACCUUGAAGCUGACGCCGUUGAGGCUAUCUGGUGUCCCGCCACCUAUGGCUCAUAAUGAGCUGGCCCUUGAUUCAAAUGCUGUUGAUGUGGCAUUUAGCAAAUCAGGGACAAGAAUUGCGGUGCUCAUGAACGACCACUUCUCAGUCUAUCUGUGGUCCCUCAAAUCUCGGCCAGUGCCUGUUCCAAUCCUUGAGUCAAGCUAUCCACUAUCGUAUGAAAAGGAUAGCCGGCCUCGUCAAAUAGCAUUCAUCAACGACAACGAAGUGUAUAUUCUGCGGAGUAGAGGCCCAAACAAUACCUGCAUCGAGAGGACUACAUUGGAGACCCGCGAGACAAAGGUUGCUUAUGAGGCAGACGAUUCUGAGCAGGUCUUUUCAAUAUUCGCAAAUCUAGGCCAAGAGACUCUAUGGUUCUCCCAUGUCCGUCAAACUGGCCAACCGAUUGCCUACUCUCACAUCACAAUGCCCUCGUCCGACGAAUUUCAAAUUACUCCUUGGAUUGAAAGCCCUCCCGUGGACACCUAUUGGGCCAAAACAGUACAAAUAUCUGAUGAUGAGGAUAUUUUGAUUUCUCUGUCUAGGACGGGAGGUCUCUAUGCGAAUAAAACGCUGCUUGCAAAAAAUUGCACAUCUUUCCUGGUUACUUCAUCUCACGUUAUAUUUACCACUUCUCUACAUCUUCUCAAAUUCGUUCACCUCAACAAGGCUGAAGACAUGGAGGUUCCUCCUGAUACCCCGGAGACAGACGAACGUUGCAGAAGUAUUGAACGUGGAUCCCGUCUAGUCACUGUGAUGCCUUCCGCAUUCUCGGUUGUUUUGCAAGCUCCUCGGGGUAACAUCGAGACUAUCUAUCCAAGAGCUCUUGUCCUCGCAGGUAUCCGGUCUUUCAUUGACAGGAAGGACUACCGCUCUGCAUUCCUCACAUGCCGCAGCCAAAUGGUUGACAUGAAUAUCAUUCAUGACUACGCCCCUGAGCAAUUCAUGGAAAACAUUAUGUUGUUCGUGGAGCAAGUCAAGAGGGUUGAUUUCGUCGAUGAGUUUCUUUCUCGCUUAAAAGAGGAAGAUGUGUCGCAAACGCUUUACAAGGACACCUUGAAAGCGCUGAAGGUGGAAGUUGCCCCAGAAAACGGCCUUACCACUUCAGCAAAGAAAGGAAACAAGGUCAACCGGAUUUGUGAUGGCUUCCUGACCGCUCUGGAGAAGCGUUCAGAUACUAAUCUGCAUAACCUCAUUACCGCGCACGUGUGCAAAUUGCCCCCCGACCUCGAGUCCGGUCUUCGACUGGUAGCCCGCUUGAGAGAGGAGAGCCCUGAGCAAGCAGAGGAUGCGGUUGAGCACAUGUGUUUCUUGACGGACGCUAAUCGACUUUAUGAUAACGCGCUGGGUCUGUACGAUCUUGAGCUCACUUUGCUAGUAGCCCAACAAGCCCAGAGGGACCCCCGCGAGUACCUCCCAUUCCUGCGGAAGCUUCAACAACUCCCGGAACUUCGACGGUACUUUGAAAUCGACAACUACCUGGGACGGUGGACGAAAGCACUUGGCCAUCUACAUGGACUGGGUGUCCACGAUGAACUCCGCGAAUACGUGGUCAAGCACGUGUUAUACAAGGACGCCAUCGAAAUUUACAAAUACGAGUCUGAGCAGCUUUGCGACAUCACCCAUCUAUAUGCAAACCACCUGCAAGAGGAAUCGAAGUAUAAGGAUGCAGGCAUCGCCUACGAAUCCCUAUCCCUUUACACAGACGCCUACAAGUGCUACCAACUUGCCCACCUCUGGCGCGAAUCUCUUUACACCGCAAUGCUGGUCCCGCUCCCACCAUCCGACCUAAAAAUUCAUGCCACAAACCUCGCCACAACCCUAGUAGAAGAGAACAAAGACUACAUCUCCGCAUCUCAAAUCCACUCCGAACACCUCCACGACAUUCCCACAGCUGCCCGCCUCCUCUGUCGCGGCUCCCGCUUCUCCGAUGCAUCCCGCCUCCUAGCCCUCAACGGCGUGCAGUCCCUGGUCCCUGAGAUCGUCGACUCCGCCCUCGCAGACUCAAUGGGGACAAUGAUCGACCUCCUCGCCGAUUUCCGAUCCCAACUUCAAGCCCAAGUUCCCCGGAUCGGCGAGUUACGCGUUCGUCGCAUCCAGGACCCCCUGGCUUACUUUGGCGGCGACCCAACCAUGGCUGACGGCGCCGCCGGAGUCGAUAUCCCUGAUAACGUCUCACUAGCGGCAACUGAUGCCUCCACUUUGGCAGGAAAGAGUAUGUUCACGCGGUACACGGGUCAAACUUCCUCUGGGAAGACGACGACGUCCCGGCAGAGCUCUCGCAACCGCCGCAAGGAAGAGCGGAAGCGAGCGCGUGGAAAGAAGGGAACCGUUUAUGAGGAGGAAUACCUGGUUAACAGUGUGCGGCGGUUGAUUGAACGGGUGAGCUCGACUGUGCCUGAGGUGGAGAAUUUGGUUGAUUCGUUGCUUCGUCGUGGGAUGAGAGAGCGCGCGGCGGCGAUCGAGAGGGCUAUGAAUGAUGUGUUGAAGCUGUGUGGUGAAACUCAGGAGGAGGUCUUCGCUACACCCCCUCCUGCUGUUGCUGCGCAGGAUGAAGAUGGUGAGCAGGAUGGUGGCCAGGCUCCGGUGAACAUGCCUAUUGAUGCACCCACGCCGUUGGGAGGUGAGAGGGUGUUUUGGGAGAGUAUUGUGUCGACCAUGGGGGUUGGAAAGGGGCAGGAGGCGCCAAAGAUUAAGGAGAUGAAGAGGUCGGCGUUGUUGAACUAG